UGGUGGUGGCAGCAUACUGUUCAAGGACAAGGAAACGUUUGUACCUUGGGGAAGCUUUUAAUCUAAGCUUGUAAGAAUAAGCUUCAAGGGUCUUUCAUGCGGGUCCCCACAUCUGUACCCUAGAGUUCAGAGUGGGGAAGGAACCCUGACAAGGGCACAAACCCAUAUUUUGUUUCCCUUGCAGGUCCGCUUUAGCCUUCCAGCUGAAUGAUCCUCAGAAGGGAGUUUAGCUCCUGAUCUGUCUUGAAGGCUGGCAUACUGAACAGUCUGGUGCUACUUAAAAGUGACUUGCAAAGAGUGUGGAAAUUGUUUCGUGGCUUUUUUGCUGCUUCAUGAUGUAUAAAUGAAACCUGACAGAUUAUUAUGAUUAUUUUUUAAUCUUAGCAAUGUCAGGCAUGUCAAGUUUUGCCUUCCCUGUUUUUCUUCUCGAGUCCUCCAAGAGGGCCUUCAGCCCUCCUGUGAAGGUGGAGGGAAAAUACUGUUAAAGAUUCAGCUCCCAACAGAUUGGCUAAUGUUUUGCAUUUGCUGUAACAAAAAGCAAAUGGAAAAAUAGAGCUUUAAAUGGUCUGACAAAAAUACCUUCCUCCCCCUAUAGCUUCGAUUUCAGCAUCUUGUGAUGUCACCUGCCACUAGCUCUCCAGACAGCCGUAGAGUCCUCCAGCAGAAACAGGGUAGAACAGACCAUAUGUUUCUAGUGUUAAAAACAAGCAGGAAAAACAGCUGCUUCUUUUUAGGGGGUAGCAGCUUUCUGCAUACACCUUAGAGGAACAACAAGGAAUGCACAGAUGUUUCUUACCCUUUACAUGUCUCUCUUUAUGGGCACAUUCUUCCAGUGGGAAAAGGGACUUGGUGUGCUCGGCAAGUACUUCCAAUGGCCUCAUUUGUUUAUACAGAAUUUAAACUUUCAUUUACAAACUAAUUCAGUUCUUAGCCCUUUUUUCUUCGUAGCAAAGAAAACAUUCUGGCCCUGACCUGUUGUGCAGCUGUCUUGCUGAGUCUGCAAAAUCACAACCUGAAACAAUAGCUUGGCAAGGUGUGAACUGCCUCUGUUCCUCUUAAGAUGAUGUUGAUUCAGAAGCCUAAUGAUGACAUUUUAAUUGCUAGCCUUAUUAUCUGUUUCACUUCUGGUUAUUUUAGCAAAGCUAUCUUGCUGCCCACCAUGUUUUUUCCAAACCGAUCCUUGGAGGGGGUUAUUUUCCAUGACACACUGGUGUGCCCAUCAGUGGGGUUCAGUUGUUGAAAGGGAGCUAUGUGGUCAAAACUUUUCAAAUGAAGUAUUUAGAAAAAAAACCAAAAACCGCGCACACACAACCAUAGCACUCCCUUGGGGCCAUCGUAAUCUUUGAAACUAAUGCUUUAAUCGCAUUGUCUAUUACAGGGGUGGCCAAACUUACUGGCCCUCCAAGCCACAUACGACAAUCUUCAGAAGUUCGAGAACUGGGACAAAUCUGCCGGGAGCUGGGGGUUGGAGCUUCAGCCCCGCUCCUGCUGAAGCCCUGAGCCCUGGCAAGUGCGUCCUGCAGGGCCGAAGCCCUGAGGUGACACCCCCUCCGUGCUGGGCAGAAGCCUCUACUGCACCACCCUGCUGCAAAGCAGAGGUCUUGAGCCCCCCCCCCUCCCCCCCCCAGUCUGACCAGCUGUAAGCGAUGUCCAGUGACCCUCCCCCACCCUACCCAGGGGGACCUUCUGCACCGCUAAUAGAAGAGAAGAAUGGCCCACCCACCAUGUCAGACAGAGUCUCCACUGCUGGAGUCCAGCCCUAUGGGAUGCCUGUGCCCCCUUCAGAUUUUGGGCCACCCCCUUAUGAGCCACCCCUGCAGCCGGGCUACAUCCCCCCUCCCGUUUCUGCAGAUGGCUCUGUGCCCUACAUGCCCCAUGGUUAUUAUCCACCCCCAGGACCUCACCCUCCCAUGGGCUAUUACCCGGCUGCGGGACAUUACCCCUCUCCUGGUGGCCACACAGCAACUGUCAUUGUACCAUCGGGGGCUGCAACCACGGUCACCGUGCUGCAAGGGGAAAUAUUCCAGGGCAGCCCCGUGCAGACGGUGUGUCCUCACUGCCAGCAGGCCAUCACCACCACGAUCACACAUGAGAUAGGGCUCAUGAACUUCCUCCUCGGCUUCUUCUGCUGCUUCGUCGGAUGUGAUCUGGGCUGCUGCUUCAUUCCAUGUCUAAUAGACGACUUCAAGGAUGUGACCCACACUUGUCCCAACUGCAAAGCCUACAUCUACACGUACAAGCGCAUGUGCUAACAGCACCCCUGGGAGCCACACCUGCUGGAAUGACGUCAGCCCCUCCUCCACGCCGAUCUACACGUGCCGAAUGCUCCUUUGCUUAGCCCUUCGUUGGUAGUGUGUGUUUAUUUCCCCUUCCAUUUCAAAGAGCUUCGAAUGCUGUAGUAGAGCGAUGGUACUCACACACUGACAAGGAAGCUGUAGGCCCACGCCGCAAACAGCUAGAGCUGGUGUAUAGAUGUGAGCUCUGACAGGUAGCUGGGCUAAGCUAUGAGAUUGAAUAGCUGCAACACUCACCUUGCCGUUCCAGCCGUCCCGUCUCGUCUCAUCCUUACAGCUGUUUGCAGAGGGCUUAGAACUAGGAUUGCAAAUGAGGCAUCAGACUGCACAGAAGACUUUUCCUUCCCGGAUUAUGUCUGCCCGUCAGAGCCACCUCUGUUGGUUUGUCCUACCUCACUUUCCUGCAUCCCCCUCAUCAGUCACUGUUGGUAGCCACUGUUAAAGGAGACAGUGACGUAAGGCAGACAUCCUUCAACAGGCAGCAUGCAGGGACGGCCAUUCCAAUGGGCUAUUGCCCAGUUAGUGGUAGACUGAGCCAUUGCAAUAGGGGGUCGCUUUCCUUCCAUUCCAUGAUGGCAGCUCGCUUAUUUCUCUAGAAGCUGUGAAUACGUCUGCUCCCACAGGACUGUGGGGUGCUGGGGUACUCCUGUGCUCACCAGCUCAGUCUCUUUUUAAAGCAGACGGAUCCUGUUGUUGUUUAGUUGAGUGUUGCAGUUCUCUACAAACCACAAAUUCAAAGCAAGCACAUCCGUCCAUCCCCAGGAAAUGCAGUGCUUCUGACUGUUUGCUUUCUUUGGACACCUACACUCACUCAGUUUCUCUGCUUUGUCUGUAGGCUAGCAGCAAGGGGGUGCAUGUUGCUGGACAAAGAUGGGCCGUCGUCCUUGGACUACGUGGUGUGAAAGGGAAGGUUUAUUUUAGGGCCAGUGUUUGUUUAGUUCUGUAUGUUGUGCUUUUACAUCUGGCUGUGCCAUGCAGCUGAGUAAAGCUAAUGUUUGUUUCCUGCCUUGGAGCCCAGCCAGCUCUGCCUUGCACUGAAGGAGAUGGGGAAGCAGCAGCUCUGUUUAGUUUGCAGGUGGCCAGGGCAUGUUUUCAGGGGUGCGGUUCUGUUUCUUUUGAAGUGCUUUGGGAUCUUGGAGCUUCAGGUGUCAGUCCCUAGGUCUGGCUCUUCCAUGGGUGUAAUGGCUCCUGUAGCCCCAGGGUGAUUACACACAGCAGCUCAGAGGCAUUGGGUUACGGAAGGCAUCUGCCACCAUUUGAGGCACAGAUGAAGAGACAGGCCUUUAUUUGCAGUGCGGGUGCAGGCAUUAACCCACCAAUUCUGUAUGGAAAUUGGCAGCUACUAGAAAUCCCCAUCCUCAGUUGUCUUGAGAAACUUUCCUUACAAAGCCAGGGAGGGGGAAUGGAGCAGUAGCUCCUGCUGUGAGUCUGCUGGAAUCAUGAAGCCACGUUUACCCUUUGGGUGCUGUAGACCCUACUAUAUGCCAAGGGAUGUGAAAGCUCAGCCUGUAGGAGGUAGUGAGGGUUGGUUCUCUCUGGAACUCAGCAUUAAGUAGCAGUUUUUUCCCUGCUCCCCCACCCACCCCACCCCCAAAUCUAGUGAACAAUGAGCAUGAGAAGAGAGCUAGAAGAAUGGGCCUUAUCUUGUUCCCAUUCAUUCAGUGGAAUUCAGGAGAUUCAGGCCCUCUGUGCUCCAGGCUCCCUCAUGGACUAGCUGGAGCUGUCUGUCUAGUGUGAAAUAAUAGAAACCAUGUGUGCAUCUGCCUUGACUUUCUAAUAAGCUUUCACCUGGGACUCAGUGGUGUAGCCAUUAGCCUUUGUCACCAGAGACCUGGGUUCACAUCAGUAGCCAAUCACAAGUGCAAUGGGCUUGGUGACCUCACUGAAUAUCUGACCCAAAUCCAUCAGCCAGUCGGGAGUCUCCAGUCAAGAGCACUCCCCUGUCAGAGUAAGAGGUGGGGAAGCCUGAGGAGUCCCCACACUCAUCACCCUCAGCUCUAGCCGAUGCAGUCAGCCUCUCUCCUGCCCCAUACUGAAAGACCUAUCGAACCCAUGUAGUGCAAUGAAAGGGAAGGUGGAUGACUCUAGCCAUUUCUGGCUAUGACAGUAUUACACUGCUCUCUUCCUAGGUGUGUAGGUUUGCAGCGUAUGCCUUGUUCUUAUUUUGUUCUGUUCAAUGUCUAUGUUUGGGGGAUAGAAAAACUGGUGAAUCUCCCUCAGUGCACUUUUUCACUGUGCUACCUAGGGCCCAAUGUUUCAUUACUCCCCACUUAUAUGGCAGUGCAUCCAAGUAGGUAGAUAAUUCAGUGCAGCACUGUAGGGGGGCUUGUUUUUAUUUUAAUGGCCACCAGGUUGUAACUAACUUACCAGAAAUGUGAAUCCUCUACCCUUCAAGCCCAAUCAGUUUUUGCAUGAAAAUGAAGAGUCACUGCCCAGAGGUCCAUCACUAAUGGGUAUGGUAUGAAUUAGUCUAUGCACAGGGUUCUGUUCUGGUUCCUUUUUUAUACUAGGAAGAAGAAAUGUAGAUUUUGGAGGGUUAAAACUAGCUGAUGUUAUUGGGAUGCUGAGCCCAAGGCUAUUCAGGGAGCCUUUGCUGAAUCUCCAUUUUUCAGUGGCUCUGUAUUUUAGUUUAUUCCAGCUGAUGUAAUCCUUUCUGGUUUGUGUCUCUUGAGUGCAUGCCAUCAAAACACAGUGAAGAUCUGCUCUUUGUCUGUCACCCCCCUCAUUAAACUAGGCCAGAUGGAUGCACGUGGGGGCUCUAGCCCUCCAGGUCAUGGAUGUGAAAUGGUUGAUUUUGUUCUUUAAGCUGAUUGGUUAGAGAGAAACAGCCCAAAGCAUGGCCCUGACUUUAAACUACUCCAAUGCAAGUAAACAUUUUAAACCAACUGGAAGUCUUAAAAUGAACUCCUUCGGCUUGUGGGUCAGGUGUCAGCUUUGUUUGAUGUCAGGAGUGAAUUAUUCUGUACUUAAAAAGCAAACUGUUGGCGCUUUUACAUAAUGUUUGUAUAUAAAUAAAAGACAGAGCCUGA